ACCUUUAUCUCAUUCCACAUCACAUUCUCUUUAUAAUACGUUUUGUGAGGCCUAAUGUCCUAAUGACGAGGAUCCCCCUGAAGAAAGUAAAACUACUAAAGAUAUUGUUUUAUAUCGUUCCUUUUGUUCUAAUUUUAGAAAUUGUAAAACGUUCCACGUGUAUUUAAUUACUUUUUACUCCACUAGCUCGCGAACUCUAAAUUCUAGACCCUGAAACUCUCUUUCCUGAACGGAUUGACAAACUAGGCCAUAUUUUGUCCUUUUCCGGCCAAUUACGGCUAGUUUAGGCUAAUGGCCGACGUCAUACACUCGCACUCACGCGGUCUCACACUUCUAACGGGUUUGGUUUGUUACAAAACGAUUUAUUGUUCUCGUAAUUUCACCUAAAAUCGAUUUUAGAUUAGGUGAAUCUGCAAUUGGUGCCGCGGUCUCUAGCAACCAGUCGGAUAGUGAAAUGUCUUUUUUUUGUAAGCCAUUGCCCUAUACCAUGACAAAUAUACUGGAAUGGUCAUGCCAUGGUCAUGGAGGUAAUUGAGACCAUAAAAAGGGCCUCGAGUCAGCAAUACUCAACCAGCAACAGUCAAUUUUCUUCUGUUACCACAACUUGUGAACAGGCAGUGACUUACACCGGACUUAGAAUGGCUUAUCAAAAAGCAUCAGAGAUCAACUGCGACUGCAAUGGACACAUUAUUGCAGAAUAUCUCAACGGGUUCGAUGAAAAAUCCAUAGAAGUAAAGAACGCUGAAAUUAUCCGCAAACAGCAAAAUAAGGAAUCAGAUGUGUGCAAGCUUUCUGCCAUUGAAGUAGCCUACAGAACCGUGCUUCGAGAACUGGGAGAAAACGUGGAACGUGAGGGUCUCCUGCGCACACCAUUACGCGCCGCCAAGGCAAUGCAGUUCCUCACCAAAGGUUACCAUGAGACCGUAGAUGACGUGCUGAACAAUGCCAUAUUUAACGAGAACCACAAUGAGAUGGUGAUCGUGAAGGACAUUGAAAUGUUCUCCCUCUGUGAGCACCACCUGGUGCCUUUCUUUGGCAAGGUUCACAUUGGAUAUCUUCCAAAUAAUAAAGUAGUUGGUUUGAGCAAGCUCGCAAGGAUUGUUGAAAUCUUCAGCAGAAGACUUCAAGUGCAGGAACGUCUGACCAAGCAGAUCGCUACAGCCAUCUCAGAGGCUUUAGAGCCAGCUGGUGUAGCUGUUGUCAUUGAGGCAGUUCACAUGUGCAUGGUGAUGAGGGGCGUACAGAAGAUGAACAGCAAGACUGUGACCAGCUCCGUGCUGGGACUCUUCCAAGAGGAUCCUAAGACAAGAGAGGAGUUCCUGGUCCUGACUAAAAACAACUGAACAAGUCUGGAUUUAAACAUCCCUGUGUUUCCUAGCAAAAACAGUUAUUACUAAAUUAAUCACAAAGUAAUGCAAGAUUGUAUUCUGAUUUAUCUCAUUCUUUCUUUGAUCUUAGCAAAGAUCAAUAAGGAUUGAUUGAACUAUCUGUGAAAGUACUAAACUUGAGUUCAAAUACUAACAAUAUUUGUAUUUGAACCAAGGACUCAAAUACACAAUAUUUCAAGUAUUUUGAACCAGGCCUGGUACAACUGCUAAAUUGGAUAUAUCAGGGAUUCCUGAAUAAGGACUAAAAGCCUUUAAGAUCUUGAGGAUUUAAGUUUUGUGUAGACCUUGGAUAGUUUCAGAUUAAAGGCUGCUGCCAUAACCUCUCUGUACUCAUAUUUAGAGAAAAUGCCUAAAUGUUACUCUGUCACCGGUGCUUUUACAUUAUUUAUUUGGUUGUAUGUACAGUACCAGUCAAAAGUUUGGACACACCUACAUCAAGGGUAUUUCUUUAUUUUUACUAUUUCAACAUUGUAAAAUGAAAGUAAAUACUGUGAAAUAACACAAAUGGAAUCCUGUAGUAACCAAUAAAGUUUCAAACAUAUGA